AAGAGACUGAAAAAAAAAAAACCAUUCUCCCUUUUUUUUUCAUAGAUUCUUCUCCCCCAAUCAUCAUCUAUGGCGGUGAUCAGUCCAGCUACACGUAUCGCCCCGCCGCUUCACCGACGGCCCUUUAACCACCGCUCGACACUCGCUUCCGCCUCCAAGAAACUCCUCUUCCUCAGAAACCCCGCUCCGAGUCCCCCGAUCGUCGCCGUCCGGUGCCAGAAACCUUUCUCCGACAGCUCGACGGAACCCACGAAUCACGCCUCUUCUGUUUCGUCUUCCAUCGAUUUCCUAACCCUUUGCCAUCGGCUCAAGACAACAAAGAGAAAAGGAUGGAUCAAUCAGGGGAUCAACGGAGCUGAAUCGAUUGCUGAUCACAUGUACCGUAUGUCUCUUAUGGCUCUCAUUGCUUCUGAUCUUACUACUGGAGUUGACAGAGAAAGGUGUAUCAAAAUGGCAAUUGUGCAUGACAUAGCUGAAGCUAUUGUUGGAGAUAUUACCCCAUCUGAUGGUGUGCCUAAGGAAGAAAAGAGUAGGAGAGAGAAAGCAGCUUUAAAGGAGAUGUGCAAAGUUCUUGGUGGAGGCCUGAGAGCUGAGGAGAUCACUGAACUUUGGUUGGAGUAUGAGAACAAUGCUUCUCUAGAGGCAAAUCUCGUUAAAGACUUUGAUAAGGUUGAGAUGAUUCUCCAGGCUCUAGAAUAUGAAUCAGAACACGGGAAAGUGCUCGACGAGUUUUUCAUAUCAACAGCAGGCAAGUUUCAAACCGAAAUUGGAAAAAGCUGGGCUGCUGAGAUCAACGCCAGGAGAAGAUCCCAAUUGACAAACAGACAGAGAUAGUAAUCCAGUUGCAAUAGUAGAUUCCAUCUCCCACAACUAUCAACACUAGGAAUCUUCAGAGCAAACUCCAAAACUAAAGCAGAUGCCUCUUGAAACCAAAACGUGCAUCAAGCUUUCUGGUGGAAUUUUUCAAUUUUGUUGUGCAACGAUCACAAACACCUGUUUUUUUCUUUUUUACUUCCCCUUCAGUUGCUGGUUAAGUAGUAAACCAAACUUUUAAGACAUUCUUGUUGCUGAGAGAAAGUGGAUCAUAGUUUGUUUUUUAUCAAAACCCUUUUUAAGAUAUUUUUUUUCACUCA